CCUGAACGCACCACUCCUGGGGGUGUGGACCCAGUUAUUCCCCGCUGACUGAGAGCAGAAGGCUAAACCAUGGGACGGCGGUCCGAGCAGUGAGCGAGCCGGGGCUGAGGAAAGGGACAAAGCCGUGAUUGACUUCAGGACUGCACCUGGACUGGACCAGCAGCACCAGCACCCAGCAGACCGGGACGUCUCAGCAUCGGGCUCAGCGCGCAGACGGGCUUCGUGGGGCUGACUCGGUCUCAGCCCAUGCAGGAGGAUGGAGAUAGAGAAGAGGACUAACGGGUUCGACUACCCGGAGAGAAACAACGCCAAGUCCGUCACCGGAUUCUUCAGUGAUCAUCCUUUGGAGUCUGACCACAAUGAUGGCAUGGAUGUUCCAGCUGACCAGCGUACUUGCCUUAUCUGUGGAGAUCGCGCCACAGGCCUGCACUAUGGCAUCAUUUCCUGCGAGGGAUGCAAGGGCUUCUUCAAGCGCAGCAUCUGCAACAAACGUGUGUACCGCUGCAGCCGCGACAAGAACUGCGAGAUGUCGCGCAAGCAGCGCAACCGCUGCCAAUACUGCCGCCUGCUUAAGUGUCUGCAGAUGGGAAUGAACCGCAAAGCAAUCAGGGAGGAUGGCAUGCCAGGAGGAAGGAACAAAAGCAUCGGGCCUGUUCAGAUCACAGAGGAGGAGAUUGAGCGGAUCAUGUCAGGGCAGGAGUUCAAGGAGGACACCUGGGGCAACAACGGCGACAGCUACCACAGCUCUCCCAGCAACGGAGCCUCAGAGGGCAACCAGCCGUCACCCGCCUCCACUCUGUCGUCCAAUCGCUCUGUGGAGAUGAAUGGCUACACGGCGGCCCUCAGGGACCAGUACAUCAACACCUCCAUGUCCACACACUACCAGCUGCUGCCUCACCUGUUCAGCUACGCUGCCCAGUCUGGCCUGCUUGCCCCCCAGCCCCGCAGCAUCUACCCUCAGUCCCACCCACUGGUGCUGCAGCUGGUGGCUGCUGAGGAUCUGUCCCCACUGGCAACGCCCAUGCUCAUAGAGGACGGGUACAAAGUGACACAGGUGGAGCUGUUCGCCCUGCUGUGUCGCCUGGCGGACGAGCUGCUCUUCCGUCAGAUCUCCUGGAUCAAGAAGCUGCCGUUCUUCUGCGAGCUCUCCAUCGAGGACUACACCUGCCUGCUCAGCUCCACCUGGCAGGAGCUCAUCCUGCUCUCCUGCCUCACUAUCUACAGCGCGCAGAUCUUUGGAGACCUGGCCAACGUCACCGCCAAAUACACACCAUCUGAUGAUGAGCUGCAGGGUUUCAGCGAGGAUGGCAUGGAGGUGAUGGAGAGGUUGAUAUAUCUAUUUCGCAAGUUCCACCAGUUGAAGAUCAGUAACGAAGAGUACGCCUGCAUGAAAGCCAUCAACUUCCUCAACCAAGAUAUCCGAGGACUGUCCAACACCUCUCAGCUCGAGCAGCUGAACAAGCGCUACUGGUACGUGUGUCAGGACUACACUGAGUACAAGUACCCACACCAGCCCAAACGCUUCCCUGAGAUCAUGAUGUGUCUCCCAGAGAUCCGCUGCAUUGCAGGGAAGCUGGUGAAUGUACCUCUGGAGCAGCUCCCCCUCUUGUUCAAAGCAGUCUUGCACUCCUGCAAAUCCAGCCUGACCAGCUACAGGACCGGCCCGUCGCCCUGCGUGACCACCUCCUCCGGGAACUAGACCCCCCCGACGCCCCCAAGUCGAGGGACUGGUCUCCCCUUUUUUUGUGAAUGUGACAAGCAGCUAGUAUUUUUUUUGUAACUUUUUCUUUAUGUAUUUAUUACACGACAGAGCUGAAUGUAUGCUGAUUUACACUGUGCACAUGCUUCUGUACAAAACAAAUGCUCGUAGAUGCAUUGGUCUUUGGAGUUUACAAGUGUGUUUCCAGUUUGCUCAAUGUGUCAGUGUUGCUGUUGUUAGAGCUAGACUUUGAAAGAGUUUAUUUUAUUCAGACGGGGGCAUAUAGACACAUGUGACGAGUGUUGUGAGACUACCUCAGGAAGAUGUUGUUGCUAUUUUCAGGUACCUUUUCUUGCUAUUGAAUGAAGAGUUGCCCACUCUAAAACCAAAUCCCUGUGGAUGCUUUGGCACCUCAAUCAGAGACUGAAUGUUCAAAGGAGCUGCAUAAAUCAAAGAUAGAAAACAGUGUCUUGUCACACUGAAAAUGCAAAAUUGAUUAUCAAAAAUUGAGCUACUUUAUCUGCAUGGACUCUCAGAAAUCCUGCUAAUGGAGGCAGUCUUGUCAAUUUAACAUUCCAUGAGUUAAGGCGACAGUUGUUGAAAAAGGAGCAUACGGGUAUUUUUUACAAUCAUAGACUGGGGAUGUUAGGCUUUAUUGCAGGGGAAGGGGAGGAUAGCUAGGUUUGCUGUUUUUAGUUCUAUUGUUUUUCUUUUUUGACCAAAGUGUUAUGCAAUGCGUUUUUCAAACACCCAUUGAUGGGUAGGAAGCUGAUAGCUCCGCAAAGAAAAGAUUUCUUAUCAAUGAAGGAUCAGAAUAAGAAAUGAAUCAAUCUGUGUCAGAGGGGAGGACCCUCUGCUGGACAGACAAGUAUGUCGCUGGAUUUCAUUCUAAAUCCCGCUAAACGUGCACACUUGAUUCUUGAGCACACAUGUAUGCACAGGGCAGACGUGGUCCCAGUCUUUGUUUUUCCUUCUGAUUCUCGUCAGAUGGUUUGGGCUUUUGCUGCCUUCAGUGCCAGGAACUUGAUGCAUUGUAGCCUUCUCCCAACAUGUGAUCAGCUUUGUUUACAGUCCACAGUGUUGCCGUCGUUUGGUUAAAGGGUUAGUCCGUCAAAUCUUGCGAUCGUUGAUGCUUUUACGACAAACUGAGACACAACACUGGGUGUUUGAGCUGUUAGAUGUCAAAAAAUGUGAAUCAAAAUGGAACCAAGAGCAGACUGAUCCAGUCUGAAGAGGAGCAGAAUUUACCAGAGGGGGUCUUAAAGGAAAGGACACUCAGCCAGUACGUUUACAUGCAAUUUUAUUGGAUGUUUAAAAUGCAUGCAAACAUGUCUAUUUAACUGAAAUUGUGCAAAAUCUAAUUUCUUUUAGUUGGACCAACAUGCCUAUUUUUUUUUUACUUUACUUGACUCUUGCAUGUAUCUCAGUCUGACCCUCAGGUGUUCUGAGCAUGCUCCACAGCCUCCACAGUGGGCUGUGACCUGGAAGUCAACGGCAUAAAUGCCCUCAGAGAGCAUUGCAUUUGUACCAACAGUGGAGCGGUGAGUUUGUAUGAGAUGUACAGAGCUGUAAAGUUUGUCCAUGUUUUUACCGUUUAGCACACAACUGGUUGGCUGCAUGCUAACUUUUAAGCAAGGGCAACAGGAACUAGGUCCAACAGUAACUAGCUGAAUAGGGGCCUGUAGAGACAGACUGGCUCCUGUCAGUUGAGUCUCUCCCAUUGCUUGUGUACUGGGAAUAAGGACAGUAGUCCAGUUUGAUAGCCUUAAUUGAAGUAUAGCCAUGGCUCAACUAAACGGUGCGUGUAAACGUCCUGACUCAGUGCUUCUUCUAGCUUGUCAAGUUUCAAACCAAUUGCAGUAACCCCGGAUUAGACACCAGUUGGCCCAUUCAGACGCUCCAGUGGACAGUUUAGGUCUUUCAGGCUCAAUCAGAAUUUUGCACAGACCCAAGACUAGACUCAUUCAGGUCUGGUCCUCUGGGUUUUUACUGGCUAAGGUUGUCCAAAAGACUGUGUCUGAGCAUCACGUUUGAGGAUUCUCACUUUAACCAGGCUAGGAGUGGAUUCAGUGUGGCUGAUCAGGCUUAGUUUAGAGAAUUUAGAUGACUUACCUCCAUCUUGCAUACCCUCUGUGACAGAUAUGCACAUGUUAAAAAAAAAAAAAAUAGCCAUAGGAAAUGGUCUUUAUUUUUGAAAUAUGAGAUGAUCGUUUCAAAUCGCUUGAAGUGUCUUCUUGGAUUAUUCAAGUUUUUAAGCCGUUUCACGAUGAUAAGAUCAAUUUAAGAUGCAGACAAAAUGCAGUCCUCGCAACGACUCUCUUUUUUGCACACGACGGUGAGGUAUGGAGACGUCGGCCACUGCCCACCCAGUGUGUUCCUCUCUCUCAGGUCCCUGCCGACCUGGAUCUAAACAGGGUAAAGUGAGUGUUAUGUAUUGCAUUCAGGAGUUCCUCAGUGACCAUACUGAUGUACUUGUAGUAUUAGUAGAUGUAGGUAUCAGGACAUUGUAGGUCCUCUGUAGAAAGUGUUUUUUCCCCAUCAUUCAGUGACAGUGGAUGUAGUUUGAAGGUGACACAUGCAGGGUGGACGUUUUCUCUGUGUGCAGCCUUAACAGCACCACCAGUCUGAUGCAGUGUUCCUCUUUAAAUGUUUCAGUUAGCCUCUUUUCAUCUUUUGAUUUUUAUACAUUUUCAUGUACCUUUGUAGUUAUUGUGAAUGUUUUGGGUUUUUCUUGUUUUUCAUGUAUUCGUCAUCUUUUUUUUGGGAGUGAAGACAACCCUAUCAUUUUCUAAACUUUGAAUGGAUUCUUGAUUUUAUUUUUGGACAUGAUUCUAAUACCUCAUUCCCUUGUCCACUGCGGUUUGAUUUAGUUGAAAGAGUAUUACUCAGGUGACGUCAGGCUCUUGUUAUAUGGUCUGACAGCCUUUAUGUAUUAUUUGAAUCAUUUUUACAAUGCAAAUAUGAUGUUUUGGAGUGCGCUUCCAAACUUGAAUGAACUUACAUAUUUACCCCUAAGAUUCUCAGAGCAGCUAUGAUAGAAGUCUAAUCCAUCAUCACUCAGGCUUCUGAGGUUAACGGGUCAUUUCAUAUAAAUCAAAAGGCCUAACAUAAUUUCUAACAUACCUCUAAUGACCAUUCAGGCAUGUUGUCCGCCUCCAUUCUCUAAAAAAAAAAAAACUUUCACAAAACACUCAACUGCAUCAUCCUUUCAUCAUCAUUGACAUGUUGGAGAUUAAAAUACUAGUUUUAAACUAUUUUUUUUUCUAUUUUUAGAAAGCUUUUAGCUGCCAACUGAUUAUCAUAGAGAGAUUACAGAUUAAGAUUAAUGGUAUGGUACAAAACCCAAUUCGCCUAUGCUGUAUGGUGGCCUUUGAGGACAAUAUGAAAAAAAAUAUUUGCUGAAUGCAAAAAAUGUCUUUAUGCAAAAACAUUGAAUGGAAUGCAAAAAAUAUUCAUACAGGGCGAAAACAGUUAAUCAGGCACCCAAAAAAACAUUUGUUACAAGUUAGUUGCAUACUAGGAAAUGCUGAAAAAAUCACACAAAAUGCAAAAAUAAUUGAGUAAACAUUAAAAAAAACAUUUCCUAAAACACUCACAAAAAAUUCUGAAUAAAAAAUAUUAUAUAAA